AUCAAAUUCGUUUAUAUAUAAAUGCACGCAUCAUUUUUUUGGGUUAUUCCGGAACAAACCAUGUCGCUCAAAGCUGGAUUUUUAUUCGUAACGCUCCUCAUUGGGAGCUAUGCAUUCCCAGCUCAAGAGCAGGAUAUGUCCAUUUUCUUCGACCAUACGGACGCUCAAGCCCGUAUCGUCGGAGGUACCAUCGCUGGCAGCGUGCCCUACAUGGUGGUCCUUAGUUCCGGCGUGUUGGUCAGAAGCUUGUUAUGCGGAGGCUCAGUGAUCACCGACAGACACGUCUUGACCGCUGCCCACUGCAUCGAAGCAGUCUUCUCCGGAGGAAGUUUGAUUAAUUCUCUCCGUGGAACCGUCGGCACCAACCGUUGGAACACCGGUGGUACUCUGUAUAGCUUCGCAAGAAACGUCAGUCACCCCCACUACGUGCGAAGCACCAUCAAGAACGACAUAGGAAUUCUCGUCACCUCAACAAAUGUGGCAUUUUCAAACGCAGUCAAACCUGCAGUUUUGAACUAUGAUUUCGUUGGAGCUGGUAUCCCAACUAGUGUUACUGGAUGGGGUAGAACUGUCGCUGGUGGUGCCAUAUCCCAAAACCUACUGCAGCUCUCCGCCGUCGUAAUCGAUGGUAAUCGCUGCGUCAGCGAGGUAAGGGAUCUUGCAGUGCAGCUCAACGUAAGAAAUGUUCCAGAAGUCGAACCACACCUUGAAAUUUGUACUUUCCACUCCACCGGACAUGGAACAUGCAACGGUGACUCUGGCAGUCCGCUGAUGCGCUCUGAUCGCGAACAGCAAAUCGGUGUGGUGUCUUGGGGACUGCCGUGCGCGCGCGGCGCUCCAGACAUGUUCGUGCGCAUUAGCGCCUUCGCCGAUUGGAUUCAGCAGAGCAUCCGAUAAACUUUUCGUGAUUAAUGUAUUUCUUACACA